AUGAAAAAAUUAAUUAUUUUAGGGUUUUUAGCUGGAAUUUAUGCAGGAAAAAGCAUACAGCCAUAUAAAAACACAACCAGGAUGAUAGUUAUUGGAGACCUACACGGAGACUUUGAUGCAUUCAUGAGCAUUUUAAAUUUCACGAAUUGGAAAUCAGAAGACUUGCUAUUGAUCACUGGAGAUACAAUAGAUAGAGGAGACGAUACAAUAAAAAUUUUGGAUUUUUUAAUAGAAAAUUCACACAAAAAUAUAAUUCAUUUGCUAGGAAACCAUGAAGAAAUGAACAUAAGGGGUGAUUGAAGAUAUGUGAGUAGAGGCGAUUUACAGUCUUUCAGGGGAAGCUCUGCAAGAGGGCAAGCAUUUAAAAAGGAAGGAAAAUAUGGGAAAUAUCUGAGUGAUAAGAAGAUUAUAGAGAGGAUAGGUGACAUUGUAUUUAUGCAUGGAGGAAUAAGCCUUGAAAUUGCUGAAGAGUACAAAACAAUAGAAAAUAUCAAUUUUCUUUAUAGAACAAGUAAUUACGAUAAAAAGAUUUUAUACGGAAGCAGUGGACCUUUAUGGUAUCGAGGGUAUGCAUUAGAAAAAGAAAGAGUGAUUUGUGAUGACGUGGUGAAAACAUUGAAAAUUUUGGAAGCUGAAUUUAUGGUAAUGGGACAUACUAUCUUUCAACAAAUCACAGAAAAAUGCAAUCAAAAAGCAAUUUUUAUUGAUACUGGAAUUUCUAAGGCGUUAAAUUCAAUUAGAUCAGCAUUAGAAGUAAUCCAAGUUAACAACAAAACAACAAGAAUCACAGCUAUAUAUGAAGAUAGAUCAGAAAUCAUUUUUGAAAAAAUUGAUAAAGAAGAAAAUAAAAUCUUUCGGAGUAAUUUUGAUAUAUAA